UGCAACAUACAGCAAAGUCGCAUAUUUGGGUCAGCGCUGUGAUACAAUUUUGUUUUGUAUUUUAAAAAAAGCCCACAUAAAGGUCUUUCGGUCGUGUGAGCAGAUGAUGACAGACUGAUGCAAGUCUUUUGUUGUAGUAGCCUAUUUCUGUGAAGAGAUUACGGAUGGGUGUAGGGGGCGCGCGAUGCUGAGAUCAUGUUGCUGAGGAACACAUGGAGAAUGAAUAACGUAAACAAACGCAUUGAUCUUUUCGUUAAACGCGACCGAGUUUAAUGGAACAGAUAUAUUGCAGAAUCAUAGUAAAAUUGAGUCGUCUUACUGGGAAAAAUAAGCUAAUAAUGGGAAUACGUAUCAAAGAUGUUCUGAAUGAAAUGUGGAUCUGCCGGUCUUUCAGUAACAAUGCCGGAGAACUUGAGCGGGGCACACGUUGAUCGACCUGCACCUAGAUCAUCCACCUUUAACUUCUCUGCCCUGUUUGCUUUGCCAAACCACCUUCACAUGGAUGGGAGCAGUCAUCCAUUCAGGAGGACUCUGUACCGGCUGAAGUUAGUGAGUUCUCCGAAUUUGACUCAACUGGGGAAAAACGAAAAGGCUUCUUUAGAGGAAAGAGGAUCCGGCCCAAAUGCCACAUGGAACAGCAUUCACAACGCAGUUAUUGCCGUAUUCCAAAAAAAAGGGUUGGCAGACAAUGAACUCUAUACGCUCAAUGAGGGUGUGAGGCAACUAUUAAAAACAGAGCUUGGCUCAUUUUUCACAGAAUACCUUCAGAAUCAGCUGUUGACUAAAGGAAUGGUCAUUUUACGUGACAAAAUACGAUUUUAUGAAGGUCAAAAACUAUUGGAUUCAUUGGCUGAGACCUGGGACUUCUUUUUUUGUGAUGUUCUCACUAUGCUUCAAGCCAUCUUUCACCCUGUCCAGGGUAAGGAGCCAUCAGUACGUCAACUUGCACUGCUGCACUUUCGCAACAUCAUCACCCUUAACAUGAAGCUGGAAGAGGCUCUUUCCAGACCGCGAGCUCGCAUUCCCCCUUCCAUCAUCCAGAUGCUUCUGGUGUUGCAGGGGGUUCAUGAAUCUAAGGGUGUGAGCGAGGAGUACCUGAAGCUGGAGUCUAUCCUUCAGAAGCUUGUGUCACCGUAUCUAGGCACACAGGGAUUGUGUUCACAUGAGUGCGGCCCAUCACAGUGCUCCUGUGUAAUUGAGAGGCGUUCCCAGUAUUGCUGGUCCAAGACUGCAGACCUGCCUUCCAGUAACCCAGUAGUACGCUCCAAAAGUUACAACAUCCCAAUGCUGACCCCCGUAGCCGAGUAUGACUCCGAGGUGAGCUCUGUGGGUAGCGUAGGUAUCCGUCGUCACUCUGCUUGUGAUGUCACUUCCUGCUUGGAGCACCAGGGCUAUUCUGCCCUGUCUGUCGGAAUGGAGACGAGCUCCACCCCCCGGCUCUCGCUCGAUCAUGACCUCGCUUUGAACGGUGUGAUGCGAGGGGCCAUGGGACAGUCCGCUAUCGUUUCUCCCUCCGUCUUCAUCCACACCUCUGCAGGGUGCCCGCAUUCAGCGGACCACCAGAUGGCUUCAUCUGAGGCGGACAAGACCCUCUCGUCACCCCCUAGCUGCUCUUCCAGUCCGGAGACGAUUGUAAUGCAGGGUUUGGAUUCGCUGGAAUCGGAUCCUGAUGGGAUCUUCAUUGACUUUUCUCAUUGCCGCUCCGAUUCUUUCGGAACCAGCAGGAAAACUAGCUGAUUUAUCAUUGCUGUGUAAUGAAUUGCACACAAAACUUUGUUUGACGAUAAUGGGCUACCAUUAUCUGCUCUGUGAAGUAACAUCUUAUGUAUUUUUAAAACUGGAAUUUCAUUUUGAAUUUGCUCAAAAGCCAAGGCACCUUUGUGGAUAAAUGGAAAAUGAAUCCAUUUAAUGCUA